UUUUUGUUUAUAGAUUUGUUAGGGACUUUGUGAAUGAUUUAAAUAAAACUAUUUAACAUGGAUAUAGUGGCCAAACGAAGCAUAAAUUGUGAACAGGGAGCGGUACGAGCAGUGCGCUACAAUGUCGAUGGUUCAUACUGUUUGUCCUGUGGCUCGGAUAAGAAAAUAAAACUUUGGAACCCGCGUACCGGCCUGUUGCUAAAAACGUACGGCGGACACGCUGAUGAGGUGAUGGAUGCGGCCGGGAGUUGUGAAAGUAGUUACAUCGUAUCUGCCUCGCUCGACAAGAGCGUUAUCUACUGGGAUGUGUCGACAGGGUUGCCGGUGCGUCGUUUAAGGGGCCAUGCUGGUGGUGUAACCUGCAUUCGAUUUAACGAAGAAUCAUCCAUUGUCGUAUCCGGCUCGAAAGACAACACGGUGGCCUGCUGGGAUAUCCGUACUCGUAAACUGGAGGCCAUUCAGACGAUGCGCGAGGCAAAGGAUUGCAUCAGUGCGCUGGUGGUGAGCGAACAUAAGAUUAUUUCCAGUUCCUUGGACGGGUCCAUCCGGCAAUACGACAUUCGGGCAGGAGAACUAGUCUGCGAUACCAUCGGUGUACCUAUCACUCACCUCGUGCAGACGCGGGAUGGCCAGUGUCUGUUGGCGGCCUGUUCCGAUGGUAGAAUAAGACUGAUUGACAAUGAUUCGGGUGAAAUGUUGUCCGAGUACAAGGGACACCGGGUGGACGAUUUCCACAUCGAGUGUGGCAUUAUUUGUAGCGAUACUAAAAUUAUAUCUGGAUCGGCGGAAGGAUCAGCGGUUGUUUGGGAUCUCCUCGAAGGUACGGAAGUAAAACGGUUGCGCAUAGGAAGCGAGGUGGUUCAUUCUCUAGCGCCACAUCCCACAGGAAGUGAUAUUUUGUUCGCCAGAAAACGGCACAUAGAUGUAUGGGGUUUACCGGAAGAAGAAUCGGAGGAUAUAAUAGAAUAAACGAAGUUUUUUAUUGAAA